AUGCACUUCACCCCUCUCCACCCCUCUCUUCACCUCUCUCGACCUCUCGCAGGAAUUCGUGGGCCACCACGGAUCUAUCUGCUAUCCACUGCCCUCCCCCACCCCGCUCUGUCCCACUCUCCUGCACUUCAUCUCUCUCCACUGCUCUCCACCUCUGACUUCCAUGGCAGGCCAGAGAAGUCAGGAGCCAUGGGAGAGCGGCUCAAGGAGGCGAUGUCAAUCAACGCGUCCCUCUCCACCCUCGGGAGGGUGAUGUUAGCGCUGGUGAACAAGUCCUCCCACGUGCCAUACCGGGACUCCAAUCUCACGCACCUCCUCCAGGUGAAUUACCUUCGCCCCUACUGGUGA